UAAUCCAACAGACCAGAGGCUUAGGAAAAACCACUUGAGGUAGACGAUAAAAAAAACCAGCAGAGAGAUAGUACUGUCUUAUGCCAUCUUCCUAAUUUAUCUCCAUUGGAGUAGUCAUGAUGGUCUUAAGCAACAAUUGCUUUCUGAUCGUUCUGCUUCUCUUUGUAUCAGCUGGUGCAGCACAAAAGGUAGAGUAUACUACCUGCGUGAAUCACGGCAGCCCGUGCCUAUACAAAAAGCUUCUGUGCCCGUCGGAGUGCCCGAGCCCGUAUCCCUCUGACCCGCAAGCUAAAGUUUGUUAUGUCAACUGCGAUUCGCCUCUCUGCCAAACUGAGUGUAAAAAUAGGAAACCAAAUUGCAAUACCCCUGGAGCAGCGUGCCUGGACCCGCGGUUCAUUGGCGCAGAUGGCACUGUGUUCUACUUCCAUGGAAAAAGCAACGAGCAUUUCAGCUUGGUUUCAGAUCUCAAUUUGCAAAUCAACGCUCGCUUCAUCGGCCUAAGGCCAGCGGGUAGACCUAGGGACUACACGUGGAUUCAAGCACUAGGAAUACUUCUCGGCUCUCAAAGUUUCUCUAUUGAGGCUAACAAAGCAGCGACAUGGGAUGACGAAAUCGACCACCUAAAAUUCUCAUACAAUGGCAAAGAGCUAGUCAUACCCGAAACCUACCCAUCUUUGUGGGUGUCCAAACAAAACGAGGUAAAAGUAGAAAGGACGUCGAGGAAAAAUAGUGUUUUAGUUACUCUACCGAAAGUUGCAGAAAUUUCAAUCCAUGUGGUGCCUGUGACUAAGGAAGAUGACAGAAUCCAUAGCUACCAGAUACCUUUGGACGAUUGCUUUGCUCACUUGGAGGUGCAGUUCAAAUUCUACGGCCUUUCCCCAAAGGUUGAAGGCGUGCUUGGCCGGACUUACCAGCCAGAUUUCAAGAAUCCGGCAAAGCCAGGCGUUGCAAUGCCUGUGGUAGGAGGUGAAAACAAAUAUAGGACCACGUCGCUUCUAUCUUCAGAUUGUGGUUCUUGUGUGUUUUCUCCUGGUGGGGUUCUCAACAAGGAUGAAUCACUAGUUAUGGAUUUUGGCUCGCUAGAUUGCACAAGCGGGGCUAGCACUGGGAAUGGAAUUGUUUGCAGGAAAUGAGUAGCUAACUAUGCUUUUUUCUCCUGGAAUUCCGGGUGUUUUGAUUGAUUAAUGAUUGAAUGUUGCUUUCUAGGGAGUGAUGAGUACUUAUGUUUUAUCCUUGAGUAAUGCAAUUUCAAUUAUUUUGGAAGCUCGAACAAUGUGGCUUUUAAUUCUUUUGCAUGGUUGUUCAA